AUGAUUAGAUAUACAUUAAACAGUUUAGUUAAAUCAUCAUCAUCAUCAAGAAAUGCAACAUUGAGAUCAUCUUUGUACAGUAGUAAAAGCACCUAUAAUAGUAGUAGUAGUAAUAGUAUCAAUAGUUUAAAUAGUUUUAAUAAAUCAUUUUCAGCGACAUUGUCUUGCAGUGUGUACAAACCAUGUUUUUCAGUACAAUAUUUUUCAUCGCAUUCAAAGGCAUCACCCAAUGCUGAAUUGGUACCAAUUACAUUUAUAGAUAAAGAAGGUCAACGUAUUGAUUUGAAAGUACCAGAGGGUACUUCAUUGUUGGACAUUGCACACGAUAACGAUAUCGAUUUGGAAGGUGCCUGUGAAGGUUCCGUUGCAUGCUCUACAUGUCAUUGUUAUAUUGAACCAAAGUUUUACGAAAAGCUCGAACAACCAACCGACGAAGAGAAUGAUAUGUUGGAUUUAGCUUUCGAUUUAAAGACAAACUCUAGAUUAGGAUGUCAAGUUAUUGUAACAAAAGAGUUAUCCGGUAUGGAAGUUACACUUCCCUCUGCAACUAGAAAUAUGAGUGUCGACGGAUACAAGCCACCAAGACAUUAA